AGUUGCGGGAGAGCUGAAGCCGGCAAACAUGGCCGCCAACUCGUUUCGGCCCCGGGUCCUGACUGCCCUGGCAGGGUUGUUGGCCUUGUCCUUUGGCAGCUUGGCCGAUAGUCGGAUCGAGGAUCAAGCAGAACAGUUCUUUAGAAGUGGCCAUACAAACAACUGGGCUGUUUUGGUAUGUACAUCCCGAUUCUGGUUUAACUAUCGACAUGUUGCAAAUACUCUUUCUGUUUAUAGAAGUGUCAAGAGGCUAGGUAUUCCUGACAGUCACAUUGUUCUGAUGCUUGCAGAUGAUAUGGCAUGCAAUGCUAGAAAUCCCAAACCAGCUACAGUGUUCAGUCACAAGAAUAUGGAACUAAAUGUGUAUGGAGAUGAUGUAGAAGUGGAUUAUAGAAGUUAUGAGGUGACUGUGGAGAAUUUUUUACGGGUGUUAACUGGGAGGGUCCCGCCUGGUACUCCUCGAUCAAAACGUCUUCUUUCUGAUGAUAGGAGCAAUAUUCUUAUUUAUAUGACAGGACAUGGUGGAAAUGGUUUCUUGAAAUUUCAAGAUUCUGAAGAAAUUACCAACAUAGAACUUGCAGAUGCUUUUGAACAAAUGUGGCAGAAAAGACGCUACAAUGAACUACUGUUUAUUAUUGAUACUUGUCAAGGAGCGUCCAUGUAUGAGCGAUUUUAUUCUCCUAACAUAAUGGCUUUAGCUAGUAGCCAAGUGGGAGAAGAUUCACUCUCGCAUCAGCCUGAUCCUGCAAUUGGAGUCCACCUUAUGGAUAGAUACACAUUUUAUGUCUUGGAAUUUUUGGAAGAGAUUAAUCCAGCUAGCCAAACUAAUAUGAAUGACCUUUUUCAGGUAUGUCCCAAAAGUCUAUGUGUGUCUACUCCUGGACAUCGCACUGAUCUUUUUCAGAGGGAUCCUAAAAAUGUCCUGAUAACUGAUUUCUUUGGAAGUGUACGGAAAGUGGAAAUCACAACAGAGACUAUUAGUUUGCAACCAGAUUUGGGAAUCAUGGAAAGCAGUAAUAAGGAAGACCAGAUCGAUGAAGAACGAAUGGAACCUCUGAAAUAUGCUGAACAGCUUCCUGUAGCUCAGAUAAUACACCAGAAACCAAAGCUGAAAGAUUGGCAUCCUCCUGGGGGUUUUAUUCUGGGAUUAUGGGCCCUCAUUAUCAUGGUUUUCUUCAAAACUUAUGGAAUCAAACAUAUGAAGUUCAUUUUCUAGACGCAGGGAUGUGUGAAGAAGACUGCGUGGGAGACUGCAACCUUGGGUAAACAUUUGUCAUUGUGUCUCUUCAAAAAUACGUUGCUCGUGUGUGAAUUGGCGAAAAGUAUAAGGAAACUAUAAAUUUGAAUGGACUAUUGAUUUUAUAACUUACAGAGAAAUAAUUGUUAAUGCGAGUGCUAAAUGACGCUAAAUAUAUUUCAGUUUUUCAUUUUAUGUGUUAAUAAAAAGAUGAGACAAAGAGAUGAGUACACUCAUUGACUCUUUUUGAAAAUAAGAAUUUCCUCUCUUCCCCUUUUUAUUUGGAAAAGAAAAAAUGUGAAAACUUUAAAUCUCAUUAGCAGAGGUAACUUCUGUCAUUAUUUUUGUGUAUGGUCUCCCAGUCUUUUUUUUCUAUGUAUUUUUUUUCCCAAAAUAGAGAUCAUAUGGAACAUACCAUUUUGUAACCUCACUUUUCGUUUUACAGUAUUAUCAGCUCUUUCCCUCUCCUUGGAUAUUCUUCAAGAACACAUUCGGAGUGACUACAUAGU